AAAAAAUUAAAAAUACAGAAAACGAAAACGAAGCAUCAAAUCGGCUUGGGCCUAUCCUCCACCUCGAUUCCGCACCAGCAAAGAUGGCCGCCAGGACGUGCAGCAGCGGUAGCAAAAGCACUAACUUCGUCACCAUCAACAACAUCUACUAGCUGCAGCAGACUCUCCUUCUUCACACACACACACACUCACACACAGUGCAAGCAUUGCUGCAGUCUCAGCCUCUACAGCUGCAUAAACUUUUAAAGUUCUUGAUCCUUAGAUCCUGCGGCAUCAUAAUGCUGUUGGCUUUAGCUUUCAAACGCAAAGAGUGACAAUACAAAAUCACCAAAAAGUACUUGCCAUAAAUUUAGGUGGAGACACAGACAGAGAGGCAGCGAAACAGAGAGAAAGCAGCACUAACGAUCGGCAACGACAUCGGCGAGGGCGCUGCUGCUGCUGCACUUUUUUUUUUUUUUGACAGUUGACAACGAGAAACUGAGAGGUUCGGUCGCGGGACGCGCUCUGAACAGUAGUUAAAUUAAAUACGACGACAAAGCGUCAAUGUUGCUGCCGUUGUUGUCGUCCGUCUUUUCGCCCCCCCGCUAUAGUCGUGUUUAGGUAUUAUUUUGUUUUGUUUAUUUUUUGUGUGGUUGUUUGAAUGUGAUUAUGAACGAGGCAUACAAACUGGCCGAAAUGCAACGCACCAAUAUCGAGUUUGAACGUCAACGUCAUUUGGCCAAUUGGCUGGUUAAGAGUAGUCCGCACAUGGCUGCAGCGGCAGCAGCUGGCUCAACAACAACGACAUCUCAAACAACAACAACAACAUUAGUGACAACAGCAACAACAACAACAUCAGCAUUAGCAGGAGCAACAAAUAUUACCGGAUCAACAGGAGGAGGUGGCGGAGGAGUGGUGGUAGGAAAUACACCUAGCAACAGCGCUGCAGCUGCAUGUAACGUUGGUGCAACAGCAGCAGCGGCGGCGGGUACAGCCCAUCAUGGUCAUGUUGCUGUGGAGGGGCGCAAACCAAAAUUGCGACGUUUCAACUCCCACGACACUAGCUCCAAUAUGUUCUCGGUGGCUGAUUUUGAGAAUGCUCGACUGGCGCGUCGCAAUGAGAUCGAAUUGAAGCAACGUUUGGCUCGACGCCUGCGUAAUAGUGCCAAUGGUAGCUAUGGCCUUGGUGCAGGAGGUGGAGCCGGUUCCUCUUGUGGUGGUGGUGGUGGUGGUGCUGCUGGUUAUUUGUCUGGCUACUCUUGGCUAAAUGGCAGUGGCGAUUACUCUACGGGGGAUAGCAAAACCUCCAAGGGUAGCAGUGAGGAUCCACUGCCUGCUGAUAUAUUUCUUGAGCGUUACUCAUUGCCCAGGGUUGUACGUAUACAGUAUAUUAGAAAGAGUUCCAAUGAAACUCUACAGUCCAGCUCAUCGAAUGGCUCCUCAACAGCGACAGCUGCCUCAAGUAGCAAUAGUUCAUCGACAGGCUUAAAGAAUACAGCCAACUCAGUUGAUCCCACUGGUACCAAUUCAUCCUCAAGUGCUGGGAGUGGCAAUAAUAAUAAUAAUAAUCAUAAUAGUAAUGGUGGCCCUCCGCCCACACAUGAUGAGUUAUUUCUGCUCUAUAGGCUUGUACGCCAAAGACACAUCUAUCAUGGACAUAAUGCUAAAACGCAGGCCUCACAGCGUAAAAAAACGGUGCUAAUACCUCAAGAAUUUCCAGGCUACUUUUCGAUGUUGAAUGAAAAGGGUCUGCCCAUGGCGACGCAAUACAACUCCCUGAUGCAAUUGGUGCGUGAACGAGUCUAUAAAUUUGCCUCGGUUGAUAAUAUGCCAGCCUUUACGGAAUCCUCGCCCAGCAAUGCCAGUAGUCCCAUACAUGAAGGUUGCCUGCCAGUCAUCAAAGGACGUCCGCAGUAUGUGAAAACUACAGCACGUGGUGGACAAGUUUUUCGCCUGCUCGCCGUAUUCGAAGAUGGCAAACAGGAACACCAACAACAAUCCGGAGGUGGCAAUGUAUUGUCAUCGUCGGGUGGUGGAUCAGCAGCUGCAAAUGGAUCAAAACCUCAUGGCCAUAUUGGAAGAGAGAAGGAAAAGGGUAGAUAUGCCCAAUUGCUGAACGAGAAUCGUCAAGUUAUGUACGUACCGCUGUCCACCAAAGGCAAGUUCUAUGAAAUUGAGCCGGGGAUACCACAAUUGCUGCAGAAGCUAAGCGAUGUCCAAAGGAAAUUGAAUCCCGAGUGUGUUUAUCGUUUGGGAGCUUUAGUCUCUGCGGCAAAACAAUUGCCGUUGACUUUGCGCUACAUAUCUGGACCACAAGGUGCCGAUAUACCCGAACAGCUUUGUAUUAGUCAAGUGAGCAAAGAGGACGUCAUUAUCGGUUGUCCCAUUGAAGAUGCCGAGAGUCAGAAUCCAUUGCAGCUGAGGAAGAUCUAUCUGAAUCGUGAUAUGCAAUUGCUGAGAAGCUAUUUGGGUUUCGAUUCCGAACAAAGGAUGCUAGCGAAUGCAAAUGUCCAGAAUAUGCUCAAAUUCUGUCAAUUUAAUUGUGAUCAAUUUUUGAAAUUGGUUGAAAUUGAGCUAAUGCAAAGAUCUGAACGUUCCGGCAGUAAGAGCAGAGAAGGUUUAAGAAUUUUAAAGCCUUUGCAUUUCCCGAAAUUACUGCGCCGAGAAAAGAGUACCAUGGCUGCUCAUGAGAAAGAGGAUUCGAUUAUAUUUCUUAGUAAAUCGGAUCUAGAGCAUAUGGAGGCCAAAGAGGCUGCCGCCGCAGCUGCAGCGGCAACUGCAUCAAGCGGAGAUGCUAGCUCUAAUCGCAUUUCGGAACGUAUGAAGGUCUUUCAAUCGACGAAGAAGAAAUGGUUUCGCAAGCAACAACAUAAUCAUCAACAACAACAACAACAGCAGCAGGAUAAGCCACAGUCUGAAUUGGAUCUAGAUGAGCAGGCAAAACGUAUGAGCAUGGAGCGUUAUACGGACAUGUCUAAAUUAUUGCAGGAAAGAUUUGGUUCUGUUGCGGGAGAGACAAAUGAACGAGAUGCAGAUACUGUCUCUUUAAAUAGCGGUGUUGAUGGCACUGGAGGAGCCUCCGAUACAGAAACCACCACGAUUACCACAACAUUGGAACCCAAAUCCUUGGAUACUCUAUUGCAAAAGUCCAUGUCGUUGCAGGAUAUUGAACUUUUGAAUGGUCAACGCAAAGCCACACGUCCGGAUCUGCUGAGCGAUGCAAUUAGCGAGGCCGGCACCGAACUGGAGGAUUUGGAGAAUCAAACACCACCACCUCAAUCGUUUAUCACCGAAAAGCUGUACAAUGAGUUUCAUGUAAAGACCCGUCAAUAUAGCAAAUCCUCAUCAAGUCUCCAUCAAAUGAGGCACUUUUCGUUGCCCCAGAAAUUGCAACUUCACGAAGAAGAUGAACGCGAAAAACGUUCGAUGAGCCGCUUUAAGGCUCAGCAGCAAUCGAUGGGUAAAGUACCCAUCACCGGUCGUCGGGCAGCUGGUGGAGUAAGUUUGCUAGGUGGCGGCGGUCUAUCAGCGGCAUCGGCGGCCUCUGCUCUAUUAUCACCAACGGUUCUACCCUCACCCACAUCGCUGGUGGAAGAUGAUCUACCCUAUUCAAGUGUACGUGACUCUCUGGUCAUAUCGAGUGAUAAUAGUCUACAUCAUGAGGAUUAUUCCAAUCAAAAUGGCGGAACAUCGUCGCUACCAGCUAGCGCCGUGGUGGACUAUACCAAGGAGAAUAUUUAUGCGGAAAUUUGUCCACCACACCACACCUUCUCGGGAGCCACUCUGGUCACACGCAUACAGGAAGCUGAUGCGGAUGAUGAUGACGGAGAUUAUGCAUCGCUCAGGUAUCCAGUGGCAGGAGCCAGCAAUGGACCACAAUCGGUUAGUCGCAUUGAGAUUAAUGGAGCACAAGCCAACAAUAGCGCCAUUAGCUAUCAUACUGUUUAUUUGGGUGAAGAACCAUUAGGCGAGAGGCAUGCGGCCCAUAUUACAACCGUGGAAUUGGCCGGUGAGGAUAACAUUUACAAUACGCUCAAAUGAUGACUCAUGUGAUUCCGGCGACGUAAAUUAGCCGGCGGAAAAGGGCUGUUUUAGUAACAAACAAACACACACACACAUUCACACACUCACACAAACACACAUAAUAGUAUGAUUAGCGCAAGUUUUUUGGGGCCCCCCAAAAAGGGAGCAAGCAAGAGGAUAAAUAACUUUUUUUUUCCAAUAUUAAGUCAGAAUCAAUGAAUUAUAACAUUUGCAAAUCUUCAAUGCUAGUAUAAGAUCAUUAAUGCAUCUCCCUUUCAAAAGUAUUAUAUUGAACUAUAUGAAUUUUUUUUGUUUUAAAUUUUCUCUUUUUAAUACGCAAAAGUAUUGACAUGAAAUUAAUGAAAGGAAAAAAAUACCAUUUGAGUUUACAAUGGCAAAUUGUUAUGGCAAUUGCAAUCAUAUCAAUCCCAAUUCAUUUCUAGUUCUUGUUGCCACCCAAUUAUAUAUAUAAGAGUCUAUAUAUUAUAUAUCAUGCAUUAAGUCCGUAAAUAAUUUUAUGUUCCCAUUUCGGAUGCAACUCUAUUUAGUAAGAUUACAAUAAACUCUCUAAACAAAAAUAUCUCAGAUAAGGAACAUUAAAUAAAUUUUUUUUGUUAAAUGCUUCAAAAAUGAAUUGAAAUUUCUUUUAAAUUUGUUAAUUCAAAAUAAUUUAUACUAAAAUGUUAAGUGUCACAUGUGUGAUUGGAAUAAUUUCAAAAUCUUUUGUUCAAUAGUUUAAAUUCAUAAAAGUGUGAAACCUUUGUAGACAGAAUUAUGAAAAAACUUCAAAUAUUAGUCUUAAAGCAAUAAUAUAUAGUAUAUAUGUAUGACCUUUGUUCAUUCGGAAAGCUCCCAUUCUCUUGCUGCUUGCUUGUUUGCCCCUUUGCCCCUCCCUUAGAGCAAUCAUCACACCCAAAUAAAAAUACAAACAAUAAACAAA